ACAAUGUAUAAUUUACUGUAAAUAUUUAGCAAUAUUGCUUUAAGAAAAAUAAAACUUAUUCCUCUAUAAACAACAUACAAUACUAGUAAUGAAAUAACUUGUGUGAAACAUGUUUAUUCUGUGCAAUUAUUAUUAGAAGAUGUCAAGGUAUUGGUCUCCAUAUGUUCAUACAUUUGAUGUUUUAUAAAUGAAAAAAUAUAUUUUAUAAUAGAAAUCAAUGGAAGCCAACACUUGGAAAGAUGGUGUUGACACCCAGACAGUAGUGGAGCCGUCCUCUCCAGUAUGUCCCGUUUGGAAGCCGGACUUGUACAAGCUACAGCAAGAGGCACCCAGGCCGCAUGCGGUGAGUUGCCAGCAGGUUGAGGAAUCGCAUGCUACUUACGGUGCGGCUUUCCACGGUGCCAUCACUCAGGCCGAGGAAUCGCAUGCCACUUACGGUGCGGCUUUCCACGGUGCCAUCACUCAGGCCGAGGAAUCGCAUGCUACUUACGGUGCGGCUUUCCACGGUGCCAUCACUCAGGCCGAGGAAUCUCAUGCCACUUACGGUGCGGCUUUCCACGGUGCCAUCACUCAGGCCGAGGAAUCGCAUGCCACUUACGGUGCGGCUUUCCACGGUGCCAUCACUCAGGCCGAGGCACGCCGCUUGCUACGGCAGGAAGGCGACUACUUGGUUCGCAUCAGCAGUAGCAACUCACGGCAUGAACCUGUUUACACCUUGUCUUUGAGGUUCAACAGUAAACUGUCACAUUACAAGCUGUACUACGAUGAGACGGAGUGCAAACACUACGUGGGCAGUCAGCGAUUCGACACUUUAGACGAUCUGGUGGCUCACGGUCUGGUCACCCUCUACAUAGAGCUGCAUGCCGGCCCAUACAUCACAUACAUGUGUGACACUGUCAUCUACGAAAAGAGUCCUGCCUAUCUCACCCUAAACAGACUGAAAAAGCGCGCGGCUGAGCUGUUAGAUGGUGGCGGGGUGGAGGGAGAGGUUGACUAUGACAAGCCACACGCCUUCAGAGUGCACACGUUCAAGGGCCUCAACUGGUGCGAGUUUUGCGGCAACUUCCUGUGGGGAUUCACAGCCCAGGGGGUCAAGUGUGACGAUUGUGGCCUAUCAGCGCAUGCCAAGUGUGGGGCUAGAGUGCCAGCUGACUGUUGUCCCAGGCUCAAACAGAUGCGGGGUGUUUUCGGAGUUGAUCUCACUUCGCUGCUCAAGGUGCAGCGUCGCGUGCGCCCGUUUGUGGUAGACAAGUGUGUGCGCGAAGUGGAUGCGCGUGGACUGACCACUGAGGGCAUCUACCGGGUGAGUGGAUUCCAGGAGGAGAUAGACGCGCUGAGGGUCGCUUUCAACCGAGAUGGUGAGAAUGCAGACGUGAGCGUAUCAGUGUAUGAGAAUAUUAGUGUGAUUGCCGGGGCCCUCAAACUCUACCUACGACUUCUCCCCAUUCCAUUGAUAACCUACGAUGCUCAUCCUUCCAUCAUAACAGCUGUCCAAAUGUCGAGUUUGCGAGAACAAAAGAAGUGCCUAAAAGACGCCCUCACUCUAUUGCUGCCCGCACACUACAAUACUCUCAAAUACUUGAUAUUCCAUCUGGCAAGAGUGGUGGAACACCAGAAGGAGAACAAAAUGUCAUCGCAAAGUCUGAGCACCGUGUUUGCGCCGACUCUGAUGCCAAUACCUGACCUCACCAAGUAUGGCAGCUCGCUCCCCGACCUGUCCAAUGAGAUCGCCGCAAUUCAACUGCUCAUCGACCACUGCUACGAAAUAUUCAGCUGAUUCCACACUUUUCUUGUUUCAAUUGUUGUCCCAACGGCAACAUUGGUAGGGCGUAAGGUACGUAAACAGUUGUUGACGGUUUCCUAGUUUCUACAACAAUGGGCCAUAUGAAUAAAGUUGAGCAUUUGCUUAUACUUCUAGAAUAUUGAGCAUAUGCUUCAUUUUCUAUGAAUAAACGUGAGCAAAAGCAUUUGCUAAUGCUCAUCAACAAAAUAAAUUGAGCAUUUGCUCAAAAUUGUAUGAAUAAACUAGAGCAUUUGCUCAACUUUUGAAGCAAAUGCUUCAAAAAAGGUGAGUCUAGUCUGGAGCGGCUUUUCACCUUUUGCU